UGAUUAUAUAAAGACUCGCUGCUUUUAGUAAAAUUGGAUAUAUUCUUUCUACAGCUGAAAUAGAACACACCACGUAUAUACCACCAUGCUCGGACAAGGUUUAAUUCUAGCGGUCGUUGUCGCUUUCACGUCUGCCCAGACCUUCAGUUUCGGACAUUGUCCAACAUCAACUACUCAGCAAAGCUUCGAUUUAAACAGGUAUAUAGGAGACUGGUAUGAACUAUAUAAAUUCCGUGCCAGUUUCGAGACAGGAGAGAAGUGUAUUGUAGCAAACUACACACUUACACCUGCCAACCAUAUCAAGGUCAAGAACACAGGCAUUGACCCUAAAACAGGUAACUACUCCAUAGCUUACGGAGAUGCCUUCCAAGGUGACCUCAACUCACCAGCUAAGCUCAAAAUCAGAUUUGCUGCAAACACGCCGUAUGGUAACUACUGGGUACUGAAGACAGAUUACACCUCAUACACACUCAUUUACUCGUGUACCGACAUCCUCGGACUCAGCCAUCUUGAAUUCGCUUGGAUUCUUUCCCGACAGAGGUCGCUACCUCAAGCCAAAAUUGAUGAACUCUUUAAAGUUUUUGAAAGUUUCCAUAUCGAUACAAACCAUUUUCUCAAAUCCGAUCAAACUAAUUGUGGAACAAAAUAAAUUCAUUGAACAUAUCGUUCAUUUGUUAAAAUGCCAUGCUCUUAAUUUUUUAACUAACAUUUUAUAUGCAUCCGUUCUUAUUAAUUGAAUAUUGAUAUUGUUUGACCUUGUUGUAAAUGUUUAUUGUGAAAACAAAUGUGUUAUUUAUAAAAAUAAAAUGUAAUUUACAAUUUUAUAUUUGUUUUGUUCAUGAAGGAUUACCGUAUAACUGGCAAACACUGUAACUGUAAUUAUGAAAACUGUGUUUUCCUGCAUGGCUAUCGCUUUCGAAAACCAUUUCUCAAAGAAAACUAUACAUUGCGAGACUUUGAUGAAAUAAAGAAUUUGUAAUAAACAAAAUGUAAGCAACAAUAGUGUUCUAAUGUAAAAUCUAAACGGGGCUAGACUGGGAUUCGAACCAUGGACUUCAGAUUGUUGUACCAUCGCUCUAACUGAUGGAGCAACCUGGUCAAGUUUCCUGGCCCAAUUGUGCUAUUUGUAUAUCCAAACGAAAGUUAAGGUUAGGUUACUGAAAAUAGGAAAAACACAGUGUAGUGGGACAGAGAUCCUUUAAAUUCAGUUAUUAUAUAUAAUGAUUUAUUUAUGAAGUGGUUUGUUUAAUAUAAUUAAGAUUUGGGGUUUUUUCUCGUUAUAUGUCGAAACUGUUGCUAUGUUUGUAGUUAUGUUGAUGUUGUCCAUCACGGUUAUUAGUAUGACUGCUAUUACAGAAUGUACUUUGCGGUUAUUAUUACAACUGUAUUUAUGUGAACUGCGCAUGCUCAUAUGUAUGUAAGCUACCGCCAUGAUGGAAUAAACAUGUGCCUGUCUGCAACUCUGAUAAUGUUGUCAGUGUACUGUUGUUCCCGAAAGCACCGGACACCACAACUAUUUACUCCAAAGCAACUUCGUAAGAGAAGUUAUCAGUCGUUUGGUCCCAACUAUCUAAAAUUUGGUUAAUUAAAUGUUUUAAUUAUAUAUAUAUAAAUCAAAGUACCAAAGUACUGUAAGUACUGAAGGAGGCGUUAGUCAGAUAUUUGGACAUGGAAAAUAAUGAAAUGUAAAAGGUGAAAUGAAAUAAAGCAAUGAAAGAUGCCAACACGAUUAUUGAUAAACAUUCAAGAGCAACUACUUAUUUUUAAACUUAGAACUACUAACCAUCAAUGUUACCCGCUUAUCAAACACUAGAACUUCAGAUAAUUUUCAACUAGAACUGUCGCCAGGAUGGCUGACUAAUACCCCCGCUUCCCCAUCCAGUCUGAUUCCCACUCUGACUCAAACACUUAUUAAUAAAUAUAAAGAUAAUCGAAUGAUUUAAUUUCUGUUAUGCACAUGUUCAUAUUAUACAUAAU